AGCAACUUAACUUAGCAGUGGGAUUCAAGCAAGAGCUCAAGAAGUUCCGUGUGGUGUUGAGCAUGGUCAGGGGGGUGCUGCAAGAUGCAGAAGAGAAGAAGGUGACAGGUCACUCUGAUCUGCAACCUUGGCUUAAGGAGCUUGGAAAUAUAGUUGAUGAAGCUGACAAUGUGGUGGAUGAGAUUGCAUAUGAACAUCUAAGGUACAAGGUGGCUCAAAAACAAAUGUGGAAAAAGGUCAGCUAUUUCUUUACUCUCUCCAAUCCUUUAGCUUUUCGCCUUAAGAUAGCUAAUAGGAUUAAGGAUUUGAAUUUAGAUCUAGCUAGCCUUAAUGAUUGGGCCACUGGACUAGGGCUUCAACAUAGACUCGCAAACAGGCUUCCUGAACAUGUAGGAAUCCAACAGACAAAUUCCUCACUUGGUGAUCCAUGGAUGGUUGUAGGAAGAGACAAGAAAGUCCUAGAAAUAGUUCAGCUGUUGAUUGAUUCAAGUAAUGAUCAACCUCUCCUUGUUGUAUCCAUAGUUGGUAUGGGAGGGAUAGGCAAAACUACCAUGGCAAAACUAGUGUACAACAAUGAGUUGAUAGAGAAACAUUUUUACAAAAAGAUGUGGGUUUGUGUUUCUGAAAAUUUUGAUGAGAAAAAAAUAUUAGCAAUGAUGCUGAAAUCUCUCAUCACUAAUGAGAAAGGUCAUGUGAAUUUUGAAGAUAAAGAAGCUGUAGUUCAGAAACUUAAAGAAAAGUUUGUGCAAAAAAACUCUUCUGAAGAGAUUGAGGAGAAAAACUAUCUCCUCAUUCUAGAUGAUGUAUGGAAUGAAGAACAGCUGAAAUGGGAUAACUUAAAAAAAUGUUUGUUGGGAAUAGGUAAAAGGGGUGGGAGUAGAGUUCUUGUCACAACUAGAAUUAAGAAAGUAGAUUCCAUAAUGGGAGCCAAGCACAUGCAUCUUGACAAGCUAACAAAAGAGGAUUGUUGGUCUAUUAUCAGGCUUAAAGCAUUUGGCAACUCUCCUAAUUCUUUGGAAUUGGAGGAAUUGGAGAGUAUUGGAAGGAACAUUGCUGAGAAAUGUAAAGGUGUGGCAUUAGUUGCAAAUGUUGUAGGGGGGACAUUGUGCAAUAAUAUAAACAAAGAUUAUUGGACAUCAAUUAGAGAUGACAAGGAAGUAUGGGAUUCAAUAGAAAAUGCUGAUGGAGUUUUGCGUGUAUUACAAUUAAGUUUUGAUCGGUUGCCAAUACCUGCUUUAAAACAAUGUUUUGCUUUUUGCUCUAUUUUCCCCAAAGACUUUGUCAUGGAAAAGGAGAUGUUAAUCCAGCUCUGGAUGGGUGAAGGAUAUCUUCAACCGUCUAGAAAAAGCUACAAGAUGGAAGAUAUUGGAUAUCUUCAACCAUUUAGAAAAAGCUACAAGGAGAUGGAAGAUAUUGGUGGCAAGUAUUUCAAUGACUUGUUCUCAUACUCGUUAUUUCAAGAUGCAGUAAAAGACUCUUAUGGCAAUAUUAUUUCUUGCAAAAUGCAUGAUUUAAUACAUGAUCUAGCACAAUUUGUUUCAGAGUCUCAAACGUUGAUUUGGGAUCGUAGUAGUAGUAGUGAUACUCUUGCAGACAUUCAGCAUUUGGAGGAUGGUAGUAGUAGUGAUAUUCCUUCAAACAUUCGGCAUUUGAAUCUCAUUUCUGAGGAGGGUAUGCCAAAAAUGGAAAUUGGGAAACUGCGUACCUUGUUUUCACGAGUUGAUGUCUUUCAAAAUAAGCUUAGAAACUUCAUAAAAGUGCGAGUUCUCAGUUUCUGCGAUGCUAAUGUUGAUAUUCCUGCAGACAUUCAACAUUUGGAGGAUGGUAGUAGUAGUGAUAUUCCUUUAGACAUUCGGCAUUUGAAUCUCAUUUCUGAGGAGGGUAUGCCAAAAAUGGAAAUAGGGGAACUGUGUACCAUAUUUUCACAAGUUGAUGUCUUUCAAAAUAAGCUUAGAAACUUCAUAAAGGUGCGAGUUCUCAGUUUCUACGGUGCUGAUAUUGAUGAGUUGCCAGCUUUUUUGGGUAAAAUGAAGCAUUUAAGGUUCUUGGAUGUUUCGCAAACUAGAAUCAAAGAACUUCCCAAAUUCAUCACCAAGCUCUAUCAUUUGCGGACAUUUAGAUUUUUGGAUUGUUGGAGAAUCAAAAGGCCUUUGGAAGGAAUAUGGAAAUUAGUCAAUUUGAGACACAUUUAUUUCAAUCAGCAACCGCUUAUGCCAGCAAGGAUUGGUAGACUAACUUAUUUGAGAACAUUACAAUUAUUUGCUGUGGGCCAACAGAAGGGACGUCAAAUUGAAGAACUGGGAUGUUUAAGCCAACUCAGGGGAAAAUUAGAGAUUUGCAAUUUGGAUAUGGUUAGACACAAAAAAGAAGCCAUGGGAGCAGGACUUUCUAAAAAGGCUACAAUUCAAGAGUUGCAAUUGGUGUUUGGUAAAAAGCGUACAAUUCAAGACCGGCAAUCACCGUCGAGUGAGGAAUCCAGUGGCAGUGAAGGUAGAUGCAAACAUGAUGAAGAUAUCUUGGAAGACCUCCAACCUCAUUCAAAUUUGAAAGGCCUAACUAUUGAACGCUACUGUGGUAAAAGCUGUCCUUCAUGGAUGUUAGAAACAAAAAAUUUUCUCAAAAAUCUGAUGUUCAUGACCUUUUUUGCAUGUCCCUGGUUGGAAAGCAUUCCAUCAUUGUCACUCAGCAAGGAGGCAAAGGUGGAAAUUAAUUAUUGCAAGAAUUUGAAAAGCAUUGCAGAUUCGUCCCUUCAGAAACUCAUCAUUAAGAAAUGUGAAGAACUGGUUGGGGUAGAGGUUGGACAAGCUGCCAUGAAGUCUCUCAAAGAAGUACAUAUAAAGAAUUGUGGUAAAUUGGAAAAUCUUUCAAUGAUUAGUAAAUUACAAUCCCUUGAGGUACUUGAACUUCAACAAUGCACGGAAUUGAAGAUGAUUGGAGAUGAUGCUCCAUUUACCUCCACGUGUUUACAAGAGUUAAAUAUUAAGAAUUGUUAUAGCUUGAUGUCCAUGUCCAGUGUAGAUGGGCUGUCCUCUCUUCAAAAAAUUGCAAUAAUCUGCUGUGGGCAAUUGAAAAGCAUAGGAGAGGAUUUAUCUACUGCCACGUGUCUCAAAGAGUUGACUAUAUGGUCGUGUGAUGGUUUGAUGUCCUUUCCGAACCUCCAUGGGUUGUCCUCUCUUCAAAAAAUUGAAAUAAUUGAUUGUGGGCAAUUGAAAAGCAUAGGAAAGGAUUUAUCUACUGCCACAUGUCUCAAAGAGUUGACUAUAUGGUCGUGCGAUGGUUUGAUGUCCUUUCCGAACCUCCAUGGGCUAUCCUCUCUUCAAAAAAUUGAAAUAGGCGCGUGUAGGCAAUUGAAAAGCAUAAGAAAGGAUUUAUCUACUGCCACGUGUCUCAAAAAGUUGACUAUAACCAAGUGCAACGGCUUGAUGUCCUUUCUGAACCUCCAUGGGCUUUCGUCUCUUCAAAAAAUUGAAAUAGGCUGGUGUGGGCAAUUGAAAAGCAUAGGAGAGGAUUUAUCUACUGCCACGUGUCUCAAAGAGUUGACUGUAAAGGAGUGCAAUGGUUUGAUGUCCUUUCCGAACCUCCAUGGGCUGUCCUCUCUUCAAAAAAUUGAAAUAGGCUGGUGUGGGCAAUUGAAAAGCAUAGGAGAGGAUUUUUCUACUGUCACGUGUCUCAAAGAGUUGACUGUAAGUUGGUGCAACAGUUUGAUGUCCUUUCCGAACCUUCAUGCACUUUCAUCUCUUCAGACUUUAUCGAUAAGGGAUUGUGGUGGAUUAAGAAGUUUGCCAAGUGGGUUGCCAUCAUGCACUGCUCUUGAGGAAUUGGAUAUCUCCAACUGUGAUAAUCUAAUCUCUAUUCCAGAUGAUUUGAGGAGGAGCUGGAGCACCCCUAACCUUGCCUGCCUUGCUCGCUUGAAGAGGCUGACUAUUGGUGGUUUCUCAACAAAGCUCAAGGAAUUUCCAGAUCUGGGCUUGAUCGGAUCUCAUCUUGAAGUAUUGACUUUGAUUGCAUGGGGAGAACCAAGAGAACGUCUGCUGGAUCAAAUUCAACACCUAACUGCCCUUAAGUUUCUCGGAAUAAGGGAUUUUGAUGGACUGGAAGCUUUGCCGAAUUGGUUUGGAAACUUAUCCUCUCUUCAAACUCUGGGGAUUUCCAACUGCAAAUCUCUGAAACAUAUGAAAGCCAUCCGAUGCAUCUCCAAAUUAGAAAGUCUUGAUAUUCAUGGAUGCCCUGAAUUAAAGGAAAGAUGCACCAGAAGAAGUGGUUCCGAGUGGGACAGCAUCUCUCACAUUCGAAACAUCUUAAUAGACUCCAGAUGGAUCCAACGGGAAGGAGCUCCCAUUGAGUUUGCCGCACUUUUCUUUCCUCUAUUGAAGCAGCUUUGUUGCUGCACAUUUUGUCCCAUAAGUGCAGCUACUUGCUGCACCAUUUUGCCGUUUUGUGAUAGCAACAUCACAGCAUUGAUGCCAUUGCUCCAACAGAAUAGCAUCAAAGUUUACCAUUGAACUCACAAGUCUUAUUCUAAUAGUGCAUCACUUCUUUCUUCUGCCAACUUAACUAUGAGGAUUGAGGAAGGUUGCUGUUGAUUUUUUUAACAUUUGUAAAGUAUUUUCACCUUCUCUUAAUAAAUUAUUUAUUUGUGU